CUUAGAAUUUAAUCUCCUCUGCUGUCUUAACAAUACCCAAUCUAAAUUCCCCUUGUUUUAAAAUCAUUAGGAUGGCUUCGUUCGAUACCUUCAUCUUGGCCUUCUUCAUGGCUCUCACAUUUUCGAGCAUGGAAGUGAGCCUUGCUGCUCGUCAUCUCCUUCAGCAGUUGCCACAACUGCAACUGCCUCCGUUGCCUACUCUGCCAACGGGGCUGUCACCAUUGCCAUCUAUUCCAACUCUUCCUCAGCUUACAAUUCCGACCAUCCCCACAAACCAACCAUCUCUGCCUCAGCCAACCAUUCCAACAGUCCCCACUAACCUACCAUCUCUGCCUCAGCCUUCCCUCCCCAAACCCGGCGCUCUGCCUCCGCUUCCCAACAUCCCCUUGUCCCUGCCUACCCUUCCAACAGUCACUCUGCCAGUGUUGCCCUCCGUCCCUUCUAUCCCUCUCCUCUCCCCACCACCAGCUAAUUAAAAUCCAUUUCUGAAGUUACAAUACUAGUUUUGAUUUGCAUUACAUUUUGCAUUACCUGUUUCCAAGCCGCGUCAUUACUACGGAUUUUACUUUUAUAGAUGUAUUUGUUCUUUGUCUACUGCAUGUUUGUUCGUAGAAUUGGAGGUGUGUAUGGUUUGGUGUAAUAUAUAUUUGAGAUAUAUACUUAUGGGGUUAUAUAUGUUACUGUUUGUAAUUGUUCUGUUCAGUAAAACUCUAUAAAUCAUCUCAAUUCUU